AUGGAGGUGAGUGGCUCAGGAGAGCCGUGGCUGGGGAUUGAUGUAGAGGACAUCACACCUACACAGCCAACCUUCUACCCUAUGCGCACUCCUGGACCGCAGCUCUUGGGUGGGGUCAAUUACUCUAUCCUCGACCUCUUCCACCUUUUCAUCUCUAAAACCAUGUUGCAGGGGAUUGUUCGCAACUCCAACAAAUAUGGAGAGAAAAGGCAUCGUCAAGCGUGGCAGGCGAUUAGCCUGGAGGAUAUGUACUCCUACAUAGCUAUUGUAAUAUAUAUGGGCCUGGUGGAGGUCAAAAACAUCCGGGACUACUGGAAGAAGUCGGACCUUUAUAAUUUUCCAUUCCCUGCCUCAGUCAUCUCCGGCCGGAAAUUCGUUGCCAUCUCCCGCAGCCUUCAUCUCAGCUCCCCUGAUGAUGAUGAGGCCAAUGACAAGAGAAAGGGCACAGAUGAUUAUGACCGGCUGUGCAAAGUGAAGCCCAUGUACAGUCAAAUCAGGGAGAUGUGCAGGGCCUACUUCCAUCCUAGGCAGCACAUCUCCAUCAAAGAGAGAAUGGUGAAGGCCCGCAUAAACCUUCGCCAGUACAUGAAGGACAAGCCCACAAAAUGUGGUUACAAACUUUUUGUGCUGGCUGACUCCUCUACAGGCUACAUCUGGGAUUUUUUCAUUUAUGAGGGCAAAGGAGCACCAAUCGUCAAGAGACUGAGUUAUGAUACAGUAAUGAAUCUUGUUGACGUGCCAGUGCUAGGACGGGGCUAUAAACUGUACAUAGAUGACUUCUACACCAGCCCUGCCCUAUUCCUGGACCUACUGGACAAGAAAGUCUGGGCCUGUGGGACAAUCCGGGAGCAGCGGAUUGGUUUCCCCAGAGACCGUCCAGGUGGGCUGGACAGCAAGUCUCCCCGGGGCACCAUCCGCUGGAUCAGAGAGGGUCCACUGGUCUUCGUGCAGUGGAGAGACACGAGGGAUGUCAGCAUCUGCUCCACCAUCCACCCAGCACACAGUGACAAUACGGUGCAGAGAAAGGUAAAGGCAGAUGGGCACUGGGUAGAGCAGGCGAUCCCUGCCCCACCAGGGGUGUCUGAUUAUAACAAACAUAUGGGUGGGAUUGACCUCUCAGAUGCCAUGAUUGGCUAUUACAACGCGCUACACAAAACCAGGAAGUGGUACAGAACAUUUUUCUACCAUUUCGUGGACAUCGGCAUUAUGAAUGCCUUCAUUCUGCACCAGGAGCUGGCCAAGGAGAAGCAGCAGUUCCCUCUCACACAGAAGGAGUUCCGCGAAGCCUUGAUGCUGGAGUUAAAGGCAGCUGGCUCCCCCUCCACAGCCCCCCGACAAGCACCCCCCCGUGCUCCCUCUGGUGCACAUCACAAGCUGCGGCACUUCACCGCGGAUGGCAGUGCAGGGAGACGGCGGUGUGUGCACUGCAGCAUGAAGACCACAGUGGAGUGCACAUCAUGCAGUGUAGCGCUCUGCUUCACGGCCACCCAAAGGACAUUUGACUAUGUACUGGUGGCUGACAAAGUCGACGAUGACGACGACCAGAAGGCUCAGAAGCAGAAAGCCUUCAUCCAUCUCCUAGAAAAGAAAAAUAUCAAAGUCACUAAAAUCGACAAUGAUGACAAGCUGUUUUUCGGCCUACGUGCACCCAGGGAAAUAUUUGAAGACUACAUGUAUCUGCUCAAAGUCUCUGAUUCCUGUAACUGGUCUGGAGAUGUAAAGGGUAAAGUCCCUCAAGCUACAAGGAUCCGAAUUGUCGGUUUUAUUCUUAAAAAUACCUUCAUCAACACAGGAGAGAACCUGGAUGAGCUGAUGAUCAAGGGUGUGUUUGACACCACGUACUGCCUCCAUGAGAAGAAAGACCAGAAAGCACUGUCCAAGAAGUGGGCUCAAUGGUCGGCUCUGUUUAAACCUCAGCCAUUCAGUGAUAUCAAGUGUUACUUUGGGGAGAAGGUGGCUCUGUACUACAUGUGGCUGGGCUGGUACACCAAGAUGCUGAUACCAGCUGCUGCACUGGGUAUUGUAGUGUUCCUGUAUGGGCUGGCCUUUUUCAAAUCAAAUCCUCUCAUUAAGGAAGUAUGUGAAUCCAACAUCACGAUGUGUCCUCGCUGUGACAAGAGGUGUACAGUGUGGAAGCUGUCAGACACUUGCACUUAUGCUAAGGUCAGCCAUCUGUUUGACAAUGAGGGAACUGUGUUUUUUGCUAUGUUUAUGGCAAUCUGGGCUACUCUGUUCCUGGAGUUGUGGAAGAGAACCAGGGCCAAAUAUGUUUCCAAGUGGAAGGUGUAUGACUGGUGUGAAGAGGAGGAAGAACUGAUUCUGGAAAUAAUGAAUGAUCCAGACUGUCAAGCCAAACAGUUCAGACACUCGUACUUCCGCAGCACUUUGGUCCUCAUACUGGUUACACUCAUGCUGAUGCUGAUCCUUGGUCUCGCUCAUGCCCUGGUGGUGUUUCGAGUGGUGGCGGCACCCUUGUUGUCUGAGGGCAAAUCGGAGUUCAUCAAAGACCAUGCCAACAUUGUGGCUAUGAUACUGGGAGCUAUCCUGCACUACUUCACCAUUCAGAUCAUGACCCGGGUAAACAAAUGGGUGUCCUUCAAGCUGUGUCUCUUAGAGAAGCUAAAUUCAUUCGCUGCCACAGAAAGAAGCUUUACAAUCAAAAUGUUCACCUUCCAGUUCUUCACUCUCUUCUCCUCACUCUUCUAUGUGGCCUUCUUCCUGGGCAGGAUAAAUGGCCGUCCAGGAAACUAUGUGCGUAUAGCUGGGUGGAGACUGGAGGAGUGCCAUCCUAGUGGUUGUUUGACAGACCUCUUUAUCCAGAUGGCUAUUAUCAUGAUACUAAAACAGACUCUCAACAACAUCUUUGAGUUCACUGUACCCUGGCUGAAGAACUGUGUCAGGAGAAGUGCUGGAAAGAAGCUGCAGAGGAAGUGUGGUCAUUGUUACAGGAAGGCCUGCAGGGAUGAGGAUGGACUUGUCGAACCAUGUGACAAUUGCAAACUUAGGGAUUGGCUGCGUAAUUACCACCUGGCCCCCACUGAUGCUUUCAGCCUAUUUAAUGAGUUCCUGGAGAUGGUGGUCCAGUUCAGUUUCACCACCAUAUUUGUGGCAGCAUUCCCUCUGGCCCCCCUGCUGGCUCUCAUCAACAACAUCUUUGAGAUCCGCCUGGACGCCAUUAAGAUGGUCCGCUUGGAACGUCGGCUGGUUCCCAGGAAAACCAAUGACAUUGGUGUAUGGACAAAGGUUUUGGAGGCCAUCGGUGUGUUGGCAGUGAUAGCCAACGGCCUGGUCAUCGGGGUCUCGUCAGACUUCAUUCCACGCCUUGUCUACCGCUACCACUACGGACCCUGUGCUAAUGGAAUCACAAACACACACUGUAUGGAGGGCUACAUUAAUGACACUCUGUCCAUGGCCUACAUGUCACAUGAAGCAGUUAAGAAGGACUUUGGUUUUGAUCAGAUGAAGCUCGACAGCAAAAUUAACAUCACAGAGUGCAGCUAUAGAGACUACAGGACCAAUGAGGACUACUCUCUGACCGCUCAGUUCUGGUUGGUCUUGGCUGUGCGCUUUGCCUUCGUCAUUCUGUUUGAGCACGUUGUGGUGGUGUGUAAGUUUAUAGCCGCCUGGUUCGUCCCCAACAAUCCCAUUCGAGUGAAGAAUGAUCGGCUGUAUGACAAAUUGUCACGGCUGAAGGAGGAGCUACGGUAA